AUGCCGCAAAGCUUGGAUAUAACCAUCCUCGAAACAGCCGGUCCAAACCAUUCAAUCAGUGUGGGCUUUCAGGCACUGGUGUGCGCCCCGCCUGGGUUAACGGGCACCUUCACGCUACACUCUAAAACGGCAAGAUCUUGGUAUGUAUGGUUCUACAGUUCAUAG